AUGGUUGAUUCACAAGGAAGUACCACAAACACAAUGGAGAACAUGGGAGAUAGCAGUUCAUUUUCCAUUUUGCAAGAUUAUGGAUUAUAUGGUAUUAUUGCUGCCGUUAUUGUUGCCAUUGUCAUACCUAUACUUCUUUCCACAGUACUUACGGGAAAAAGAAAGUUGAAACAGAGGGGAGUUCCUGUUCAAGUUGGUGUCGAGGUUGGUUUGGCUAUGCGCAAUGCUAGAUCAGUCAAAUUGGUUGAGGUUCCUUGGGAAGGGGCCACAACUAUGGCUUCUUUAUUUGAACAAUCUUGUAAAAGAAAUUCCCAAGAAAGGUUUCUUGGGACGAGAAAGGUAAUCGGUAAGGACUUUGUUACAGCCAGCGACGGAAGAAAAUUUGAGAAACUUCACUUGGGUGAUUACCAUUGGGAAACUUAUGGAGAGGCAUUUAAUCGUGCUUGUAACUUUGCAUCUGGUCUUGUUAACCUGAAUCACGAUGUUGAUACUCGCGUUGCCAUUUUUUCUGAAACUCGGGCAGAGUGGUUGAUUGCAUUCGAGGGUUGCUUCCGGCAAAAUAUUACUGUGGUUACCAUUUAUGCUGCUUUGGGAGAUGAUGCCCUAGUGCAUUCAUUAAAUGAGGCUCAAGUUCCAACUGUGAUUUGUGACUCCAAACAAUUUAAGAAGUUAGCUGCAAUAAGUUCAAGCCUGAAAACCAUCAGCAAUGUAAUUUAUUUUGAUGAUGAAGACACUUCCAGUGGUUCUGAUGUUGCCCAUGAUAUUGGCAAUUGGAGAAUAUCCUCUUUUUCAGAGGUGGAAAAACUCGGAAGAAAUAAUCCUGUUCUUCCUAGGCUGCCAAUCAAGGAAGAUAUUGCUGUCAUCAUGUACACAAGUGGCAGUACAGGCCUCCCAAAGGGUGUCAUGAUAACUCAUGGUAACAUUGUAGCAACUGUAGCUGCAGUUAUGACAGUGAUUCCAGGAAUUGGGAGCAAGGAUGUCUAUUUGGCAUACUUGCCCCUAGCUCAUGUGUUAGAAUUAGCUGCUGAGACUGUUAUGUUAACUGCAGGUGCUGCAAUUGGCUAUGGCUCAGCAUUGACACUGACAGACACAUCAAAUAGAAUAAAAAAAGGAACCAAAGGAGAUGCUUCCAUGUUGAAGCCCACUCUGAUGGCAGCCGUUCCAGCUAUCUUAGAUCGUGUUCGAGAUGGAGUACUGAAGAAGGUUGAUGAGACAGGAGGUUUUGCUAAAAAGCUUUUCAACAUAGCCUACAAUCGCCGACUGGUGGCUAUUAGAGGGAGCUGGUUUGGGGCGUGGGGAUUGGAGAAGCUACUGUGGGAUAUAAUUAUCUUUAAGAAGAUACGCUCUGUUCUUGGUGGAGAAAUCAGAUUUAUGCUUUGUGGUGGAGCUCCUUUAUCUGGAGAUACGCAAAGAUUUAUCAACAUUUGCAUGGGUGCCCCUAUUGGUCAAGGAUAUGGCCUUACAGAAACAUGUGCUGGAGCUGCUUUCUCUGAAUGGGACGACACUUCCGUUGGGCGUGUUGGUCCUCCUCUUCCUUGUUGCUACAUUAAGCUUGUGUCUUGGGAAGAAGGUGGUUACACAAUAUCUGACAAACCAAUGGCCCGAGGAGAGGUGGUUGUUGGUGGGUACAGUGUGACGGCUGGCUACUUGAAUAGUGAUUCCAAAACUAAAGAGGUGUACAAGGUUGAUGAGGAAGGCAUGCGCUGGUUCUACACUGGUGAUAUUGGAAGGUUUCAUCCUGAUGGAUGCCUUGAGAUUAUUGAUAGGAAAAAAGAUAUUGUUAAGCUUCAACAUGGGGAAUACAUCUCACUGGGAAAGGUUGAGGCUGCACUUGCAUCAAACAAUUACAUAGAUAACAUCAUGGUCUAUGCAGACCCUUUCCACAACUUCUGUGUAGCCCUUAUUGUCCCUUCACAUCAGGUCCUGGAGGGAUGGGCCCGUGAAGCUGGAAUCAAAUUCAAAGACUUAUCCGAGCUGUGCGAAAACCCAGAAGCUACUAAUGAGGUCCAGCAAUCACUAUCCAAGACGGCAAAAGCAGCGAAACUCGACAAGUUUGAAACUCCUACAAAGAUAAAGUUGUUGGCUGAGCCCUGGACUCCAGAAUCUGGGUUGGUUACUGCAGCUCUCAAGUUAAAGAGGGAGCAACUGAAGACGAGGUUUAAAGAUGAGCUCCAGAAGUUGUACCAGUGA